AUAAUAAUAAUAAUAAUAAUAAUAAUAAUAAUAAUAAUAAUAAUAAUAAUAAUAAUAAUUACAAUAAUAACAACAACAUAGUUUUAAAUCAAACAUCGAUGAAAGGAAAGAAAUUGUUAUCGGCAGAACGUCUUGUUCGUUUGUAUAUAUAAUUCGAGUUCUCUGAUUAGAUCACACUUAAUGUAAUCUUGAAACAUUAGUAGGAAACAUUCAAAUAGGAAAUUAAAUGGAUAUUCGCGACGCGUGGGCGCAUUUUACAGUAAUUAAACGGGAUUGUGCACGCGUUGAGACGAUGUUCACGAAUAUAUUGUAUGCUUACGUGUGUAAGAAGGCAAACGAGAGACGAUGCGUAACAUUUAUGUAAUGAAGAUCGUGAUCUGUUUGUCUUUCUCGGUUACGAAUCCAUACAGUGAGGUCCAUAAGCAUUUGAACACAUUUCAAAGUUGAAUAACGUCUUUUUAAAUAGCAUAUAACAAAAAAUUAAAAAUAAUUGCUAUGGGUCGGACUUACGAAUGAAAAGGUACAGGCAUAAAUUUUAAGUUUUUUAUUCAACUCUCUAAGGGGGUUGCAGAUAAAUGAUUAAAUCUUUGACUCAAUUGAACUCUAAUUGGCAAUUAACGUUUGGUCCUCGAUUCUGAUUAAGAAUUAAAAUUGUUUAAUUAGCUUAAUUGAAAGGAAUUCGGAUUAACGACUGAAUUUUAAUUCUUAUGAUUAAAUAAUGCUACAAUUAUCGAUUAAAAUUAACUACAAUUUAAUCGUUGAUUGGUAUCGCGGUAAUUAAGAAAUCCGCUACCUUGUUGUGGACUUCACUGUACAGAGUGUCCCAGAAAAAGUGUUAGAGCCGAAGAGAGGUGAUUCUGUAAGUGUUUCUGAACUACAAUUUCCUUUCCUUUCCAAAAUACAAAGUGAGGCAUGAUUUUUGAAUUAUUAACGAAAAACACUGACCAAUAAUGCCAAUAAUGACCAUGGCCCGCGCUAUGCCACGGCCGGGCGUCACGAUCCGAACCAGCCUACCCGUGACUGAGCGCGAAUUCUAUGCUUUCAUUGAUCAGUGUUCUUCGUUAAUAAUUCAAAAACCAUGCCUCACUUUGCAUUUUGGCAAAGGAAAUUGUUGUUCAGAAAUACUUACAGAAUUAUCUCUCUUCGGCAUCAACACUUUUUCUGGGACAUCCUGUAUAUUGAACGCGGAAAAAUCGAUCAAGUCGACCACGCUGCUGCAAUCGCAAUAAAUAAUAUUUAAUCGUGACCAGUGUCAUCGAUUUGAACGAUUGCAGACACCGAAAUCAUUCUGACAAUCUAUUUACCUAUGGAUUGAUUCUCUUUUUAUACCACUAAUGAUAUGUUUUUUAUUAUAUAUUGUAUAUAUCAUUUCGGACUAAUCGUCGGCGUCAUUAUACACGUUAUUGUUAUACUGAUUUAUCGUCUCGUUGUCGUUAUUAUUCAAGACGAUUGAUGUAAUAAUUGUCAUCGCGCGGUUACGUGAAACGUUAUUGUUGCAUCGUUAUUGUUACUGCCGUUUCUCGUCGUUGUCAGCACCACUUUACCAUCGUUGAGAAUAAUCGCUACUGUCAGCAGCGUCAUUAUUAUAUUAUUAUAUUUUUUACAAAUAAAAACUAUCCACGGUGAUAAGAACGACUAUAAUUAACCGACCAAUCGAUCCAACCGAGACCCGUCGCUCGCGCAAAUCGCAUGAAUAUAAGCGCGUUUCGUAAUUAUUAGAAACAUGUGUUCCUUUCUCCCCUUUUGAAUAUAUGUUCAAUCGAGUACGUAUACUUUUGGUUAAUAAAAUUUGAUAAAAUUUCUACGUACAGAAGAAACAACAACAAUGGGACCAUCUGUCUGCUAAGCUUCCUCGGCAAAAUUAUUGAACGUUUCAGUUUCCCGGAAGUUGAUGUUAACUUUAUUUCCGAGAUGUCAGAAAUUGACAAGUGGACGUGUAAAAUGAAAUAAAAUCAACGAAAGGGGGUUUAGUAUAAUGCGACAAAAUCAGUCAAAGAGUGUGGCGAAAAGCCAGCAGCGUGCGUACAAAACCGCGACACCGAAGACGAACUCAGUAAAGAAUGUGGAAGUGGUCACGGAGAACGUUUUCGUGCCGGUGACUGUAACGAAGACGAUCUUCACGAAGAAACGUGGACCGGUGCGUUGCAGAAUCCCGAAACAAAAAGUUGAAGUCGUCAGGUCUAAUCAGAUUAACAGCAACAGCAAUGCGAUACUGCCGUUACUGAGAAAACCACUUUCCCUGCCGGAGAAAGGCUUCCUAAAUGCGACUCCGACACAGAUUGACGAACCAAACAAAAAGGAAAAAAAGAUAUCGACACGUUUGAUGUAUAGAAACUUCAAUAAUUCUAUUAAACAAUCGGAAACUUUCUCCGAGCAAAGUAGAAAGAAGGAUGUGCUAUUAUUCCCUUCGGCCAUUUCCGACUUGCCUCUGCAUUCGCGUAAACAUCGACAAGAAUCACCAAGUAAUAAAACAGUUACUAAGUCUCUCAAGCAAGAGAAAAAUGUCAAAGUCGUUGAAAAGGCAUCGAUAAAGAGCCCAACGAUCGGUGACGUUAAGCGCGUUCACAGCAGCAAAAAAAAGCCCAAAUUACGCAAAGAGGAUAGCGUUAUAUAUCGAUUACGUGAAAAUUUUCGACGAAAUGUUAAAGAUAUUUCAAGUGCCUCGAUGGUAUCGAGCAACGCUUCGAACAUUCCGACAACGUUGAGUACAAUGGCAACGACCCCGUCGACCGUAGCAGGGCCGAAACCGAAGAAAGCCAAUAUCGAGAGACAAAAUUCCUUUAUCCCAUUCACUGGUUUAAAGCAGAAAGUCGAAGGGACUCCGAAGACAGCGAUUUCAACUACCAUUAUUAAUUACGGAGAUGAAAUAAAAUUCCCGGUCAGAAAAAUCGCAUCGAAUGCGUUUAGCCAAGUCCGGUGUACCGCGUUCGAUUUGUUAACAGCGGAUAACUUUUUAGAAACGAGCGACACGGACACGUAUCGAGAUUUAAACGGCAUGAUUUUCCCGGCCCACAGUUUUCAACAUCGCGAUAAAGCUGACUAUUCGAUACUGUCCUUCCUCAAAAUGAAUCAGUCGCGAUACCAAGACAGUAAAACUGACUACUACCCUGUGAGAGUAAAGUACUCGUGGCAAGUGCUCGGUACAAGCGCGCAGACCUCGCGAACACUCUUGGAAAGCUUGAUAAAAGAGAAUGAACCCCUCGAGGACGAGACGGUUCAUAAUUGCAGCGUCAAGUACUCUUGGCAAAUCAUAGGCAUCGCCACGCAGACGUCCCGACGAGAUCUCGCUGCAUCGAAACGUCGUUCUUUGGUUUCGAUUCUAUCCGCGAGAACCAACAGGCCUCGAGAUAUCAAAAAGACCGAUCGUCCGGACACACCAAUCGCCAUUUGGAGAAAAGGGAAAAGAUACAUUAUAUUAAAUAACCAAUGUACCCAGACGUUUGUCCAUAAAGAAAGUCAAACAGUCUUUACCGAAUUUUACCAAGAAUUUACAUAAUGAAGCUAAAUGCUAAAUAAAUAUACAUACGUGUAAAAAACAAUAAUCAUAAUCUCUUUUUAAUUUCAAUGGAAAUA